UGUGAAUUCCCUUGGGGUUCAACAGUAGUCAGACUCACUUCACUACUACAGAGGAGUACUUUUUUAAAUUAACCUUUUAUUGAAAAAUAACAAUUUAUUUGUCCUAACAUUGAAAUAAUGGUGGGCCUCUCUUCUUCAUCUGCUAGUGCGAUGAAUGUCCUGGUGACGGAGCUCAAUGUUCUGCUGAAGCUGCUGGACAACGAGACUCUGAGCUCUCCUACUGAGGACAAGAAGACCUCUGUUAGGAACCUGCUGAAACAACUACAGCCCACAGUGACAGGACCAGACUACUUGUACAUGAACAUGUCAGUGUACAGAAACGGCACCAGCUUUGUGGAAUCCCUCUUCGAGACCUUUGACUGUGACCUGGGGGAGCUGAAAGACAUGACAGAGGACCAGAAACAGAAGCAGGACACACACACAGACACACACACAGACACACACACUGACACACACAGAGACGACACAAUACCCUCAAAACAGAGCAGUCCAGACUCCUCUCCCCCCUGCUCAUCAGAGACCCCUCCACCCCUGCCCACCACCCCCCCUCCUGAGGCUUACUAUGAAGAGGCAGUACCUCUCAGCCCAGGCAAGCAGCCAGAGUACAUCACCACCCGCGGUAGCUCCAGCCCUCCUAACUCCAUAGAGGACGGUUACUAUGAGGAUGCAGAGAACAACUCCCCUCCUACCUGCAUCAACAGACGACAACGCAAAAACUCCUACAAUGACUCUGAUGCCCUGAGUAGUUCCUAUGAGUCCUAUGAGGAGGAUGAAGAGGAAAAGGGAUCAGGGCCAGGGUCCAGACUGACCCACCAGUGGCCUAGUGAUGAGAGCUCCAUGCUCCCGGCAAGGGACUGUAGGAUCUGUGCCUUCCUGCUGCGAAAGAAACGCUUCGGACAGUGGGCCAAGCAACUGACUGUCAUACGGGAUAACAGGCUACAGUGCUAUAAGAGCUCUAAGGACGUGUCCCCGUAUGUUGACCUGCCCCUGCCCCAGUGCACUGUGGUCUACGCCCCUAAAGACGGACGCAGGAAGAGACAUGAGCUGAGGUUCACUCCACCCAGCGGAGAGGCUCUGGUCCUGGCUGUGCAGAGCAGGGAGCAGGCACACAGGUGGCUCAGGGUGGUCCGUAAAGUGAGUCAGGGAAAAGGAACAGAAGAGUCCACUUCUCCCAUGAUACCCAGAAAGACUGAGCUGGACAAGCGGCUGUCUGGUGAGAAGACUAGAGCAGACUCAGACAGUGUGGGAGUGACUACAGGAGAGAACAACAGGGACAACAGAGAGAAUGGUGAGAGACUGUGGUACCUUGGUGGGUUCGAUUCCCGCUGGGGCCACCCAUGGAAAAAAUGUUGUAAGGUGAAGCGGGGGGCUCUAGCGGCAGGUCGUAAGAUAACACGUAUCAUCAGUUUCUCCAAGAGGAAGCACCCCCUACCUAGCGACGCACGCACCCCCUCCCCAGACACAGACCCUCGACAAGGCUACCUGUCUGUGUUGGUGAGCCAGGUAUGGACGGAUCAGUGGUGUUGUGUGUGUGGGGGUUCUCUCCACUUCCACCCUGACAGAGGAGACUCCCGGCCCUCCCUGGCCCCUCUACCACUCAAUGGGUGUGUGGUGUACCCAGGACUGGGCCCCAAACACCCCUUCGCCCUCAGGAUACUGAAGGGAGGCACAGAGGUGGCUGCAUUGGCGGCGUGUAGCUCUGAGGAGUUGGUGCGAUGGCUGGGUGUUCUGCUGGCAGAGACAGGUACAGCCACAGAUCCAGAGUCACUACACUAUGACUAUGUUGACGUGGAAACCAUCGCUAACAUCCAAGAUGCUGCGCGACACUCUUUCCUGUGGGCCACAUCUUCUAGUAGCACUUCCACUUACUCCAGGACGUACGAGGAGGUUCCCUAUGAGGCAGAGCAGCCUGGACCGGAGCGGAGGUCCAGUUUCUCUGCUAGUGACUCUGGUAGGACCAAACCUGGUCUGGCCCUGAAACGCGUUGGCUCCAACACCAAUCAGUAUGGCCUCUAUGGGAAAACACGAGCAGAGGAGGACGCUAAACUCUACUUGAGAGAGAAAGAACAGCUGGAGAGAGAGAGGGAUGGGAUACGGAACACUCGGCUGACACUGAGACAAGAGAGGAGAGAGGUGAAGGAGAGGUUGAAGACUGCUACAGAGGAGCAGAGGGGCUCCCUGAGUGAGCGUGUGUCCCAACUAGAGGAGGCGUGCCGGGGAAAGGAGAGUGAGAGAGUGGACCUGGAGCUCCGGCUCACCCAGGCUAAAGACAACCUGAAGAAGAGUCUAGCAGGAGGGGCUCUGGGGGCACCUGGGGAGAGCAAACCCUCCAGCAAGGUCUUUAGCAGUCCCUACUACUCUGAGUCUAUACCAGUCAGCUGUGUCUCUGCGGCCCGUAAGAAACCUCCUGUCUACUCCUCGUCUAAAAGAACAGUCAUGCAGAAAGCCAAGGAAUGGGAGUCGAAGAAAUGCACUUAAAGCAUAAGGAUGUUAAAGCAAGAUUGGAGAUUAUUGGCGGAAUAUCAGAGAGAGGAUGUGUCUUUCAGAUUGUUGUAGAGAUAUGGACGAAAUGGGAUAUUUGAGCCAGUGUACAGAAAGGAUAUUCAAUUAUACCUUGAUAAAUGACAAAGGGACAAUGAUCGAUUUUAAGGUGAGAAUGUUCAAUAGAACAGGAAUGGAAGACAAUGGACAUGGAAGAAAAACACAGUGAUUUACUGUAUGUGAUGUGCUUUAAAGGGAUACUUCCAGAUUUGGUCAAUUAAGCCCUUUCCUAGCUUCAUGCUACUGUAGCUUCUCCUGUAUACUUCCAGUCAUUGCACUACAGCUAUAACAAUGGCUCCAGAACCUACCUUCAACUUCCUUGAAACUACACACAUAGACAUAAAAAUGGUAUCCAUGAGUUCAUCUGACUCUGGAUAAGUAGAUACAAGUCUGGAACUUUCCCUUGAACAUUAUUUACCCCUUUGCCUUCUCACCGACAGAAGACGGAAGACAUAACUACUGUUUUGUAUAUAGGAUUAUUUUUAGACUGCACAAUGUUCCUUUUCCCCUCAAAUUGAGAUUUACUUUAUAAACAGUAUAAUGACUAACAUAAUAGUGCUAAUAAUAGACAUAACUGUAAAUAUUAUCUGAACAAUGUACAUUACGUGCCAAUACUUAUCUACAGGAAUUCACACCACUGAUAAGACAGUACCUACAGUGCCUUCGGAAAGUAUUCUUACCCCUUGACUUUUUCCACAUUUUUUUAGGUUACAGCCUUAUU